CCUCGAUCGCCAAGGAAACUCGCACGCCCAAUUAUCGGGCCACAGCCAGCCGAUGGCGUGCAUCGCCUUCACUGACUCCUUUCCUACGUAUUUCAAGCUGAGAGGCGGGCCCCUCCCUCUUCGUUUUCGCAUCUUCCUCAGAGGUCCUACUUGCUCUUGAAUCAAUGUCCCCUGUUUCACCACACGUGCCCUCGCAGAAACGCAGCCUGCAGACGCUCUAUCCUCGCAAGGGGAGUGGCGGCCAUAGCAGCGGCGGGGGCAAGUCCGGAGGCAAGUCCGGAGAAGGCGGGGGCGGCAGUAGCAGCACAGGCACCACGAAAAGCGUGCCCAUAUCCGGGUCGACCGGCGGGCGCACAAACGCUCAGGCGUAUGGCUCUGGUGGCAUCGCUGCGUCAACGAUACCUUCGGGUCAGCUAUUCGCUGGACGAUCGUUGGGUGGAGGCACCCGGAAUCAAGUAUUUGGGUCACGGGUAUACGGAAGCGGAUAUCCUGGGCUCGGGGCAGGCUCCGUGGCAGGACGAGGGUUCCCAUUCCUCUUUUGGCCAGUCGUCUGGGGAGCCUAUCCGGGAUUCGGUGCACAUUACUUGCACAGCGGCGAGUAUGGUCGGCCUGACAACACGAGUCGUCCAGGCGGCGCACUCGUGGACGCGACCUUCUCCUCGAACAGCACGAACAGCACCUUCUUCAUCGUCGGCGACAACAGCACCGUCGCCUCCCUUAUCGACUCCAUCUCCGGCAACUGCACGCUCGCCAGCAACUCGUCGACAACGCCAUCGCCGUAUAACGCGACGAGUUCCGAGCCGAAGCCAGAGCAGGCGGUCCAGUACUAUCGCGCGAGCUCGGUGGCGCUCCUCCUGGACGGCUACAACAACACCGUGGCCCUCGGGAACGACACGAACGCCACCGCGGUGCCGCUCCCGAGCUGGGUGGACAUGACCCUCCUCAACUGUUUGAACGACACGAUCGCGCAGGCGGCGCCGUUGUUCUCCGGUGCGCAGGGCCGGCUAUAUGCGCCCAACUUUGGAGGACUGGUCGCACUGGUGUUCGUCAUAUGGCGGCUUUUCAGGAUCUGAGGGCUAUUGGCUUCGAAAUGCUACUACAGACGCUAAUGACGAUGGACUUUAUUCCGCAGACGGGUUGAGGGGCAGUUCAGGAUACCACUAUUGAGGAAGAUACCCAUUUUAUGUAGGGCCGGCGGCCCGUAUGUUCCAAUAUGCUGAUGACAUACUAGUAAUGUGCAACGCGCGAUCAGAACACACGGCGUGUUCCUUCAGUACAGUAAUUGAACAAGAAGGGUUUUGCGCAAGUUCUGUUGGACGGUGGUCUGCCGCCGAGUCACAGUCAGCCACCGACGC